GCUGCCAUUACGAACCUGAAAGAGCGGGGAGGUUCCUCUCGUCAAGCCAUCCUCAAGUACAUCGUGGCCAACUACAAUGUGGGCAAGGAUGAGAAGGUGAUCAACAGUCAUCUCAAGAUGGCACUGCGAGCUGGUGCUAAGAAUGGCAACCUGAAGCAGUCCAAGGGUACAGGAGCCUCUGGUUCCUUUAAGCUUGGCUCCAAAGAAUCUGCCAAACAGACAUCGCCACCAAAGAAGGCAGCUAAGCCUAAAUCGGCCAAACCAAAGUCACCAGGCAAGGUCAAGAAACCCAAAGUCAAGAAAGCUGCAAGUGCCAAAAAGCCAACCAAAAAGCCUUCCCCUAAGAAGCCAGCAGCAGCGAAAAAAGCCAAAUCUCCAAAACCUGCAGCCGCUGCAAAACCCAAGAAACCAAAAAGCCCUAAGAAGGCUGCACCCAAAAAGACUGGAGCAAAGAAAGAGAAAGCUCAGAAGAAAUAA